AAAACAGGACAAGAAAUACUUGAUUUCGUUACCCUAGGAGGCACAAAAGACAAGAACAUGUCGAAAUCACCGGAAGAAAUUCACCCAACAAAGGCUUUCGGCUGGGCCGCAAGGGAUUCUUCUGGCGUACUCUGUCCUUUCAAAUUUUCUCGAAGGACCACCGGCGAUGAAGAUGUGAGAUUUAAGGUGUUGUUCUGUGGAAUCUGUCACUCAGACCUUCACAGCAUUAAGAACGACUGGGGAUUCUCUAGGUACCCUUUAGUUCCUGGGCACGAGAUUGUGGGCGUAGUAACAGAGGUUGGGUGCAAGGUAAGGAGAUUCAAAGUUGGGGAUAAAGUGGGUGUUGGAUGUAUGGUUGGAGCUUGUCACUCCUGUGAGAACUGCAACAACGAUCUUGAGAAUUACUGCCCCAAACUCAUCUACACCUACAAUGCCACUUACCAUGACGGAACUCGAAUCUAUGGGGGUUACUCUGAUGUCAUGGUUGCUAACGAGCGGUAUAUCGUUCUAAUGCCGGAAAAUCUGCCCCUUGAUGCUGCUGCGCCGCUAUUGUGUGCCGGGAUCACGGUGUACAGCCCUAUGAAAUAUUAUGGACUCUGUGAAUCUAACCUGCAUUUGGGUGUGGUAGGUCUUGGUGGGCUUGGACAUGUUGCUGUGAAAUUUGCCAAGGCUUUUGAGAUGAAGGUAACUGUGAUUAGCACCUCCCCGAGUAAGGAAAAGGAAGCCAUUGAACAACUUGGUGCUGACUCGUUUCUGGUCAGCUGUAAUCCGGGCCGAAUGCAGGUUGCCACGGGUACAAUGGAUGGAAUCAUUGACACAGUCUCUGCCGUUCACCCUUUGCUGCCAUUAAUUUGUUUGCUGAAAUCUAAUGGGAAGCUCAUCAUGGUUGGUGCACCUGACAAGCCGCUUGAGCUACCGACAUUCCCAUUGCUCUCGGGGAGGAAGCUUAUAGCUGGAAGUUGGAUUGGGGGAAUGAAGGAAACACAAGAGAUGAUCGAUUUUGCGGCAACGCACAAUAUUACAGCAGACAUUGAGGUUGUUCCGAUGGACUAUGUGAACACUGCAAUGGAGCGUCUCGCUAGGGCUGACGUUAAAUACCGAUUUGUCAUCGACGUUGCAAAAACCUUGACUAUUACAUAGCAAAACAGCUAUCCAAAUUAUGCAUAUAAAUAGAACUAAUAAGACCUGG